CGAAGACUCUAUUUGGUACACACACACACAACCGGAAGUUCCACUGUGGGAUUGACCGACCAAGACUUGGCGGGAUGGAGGCGUGACGCGUCGGUCCGCGGAGCGAUACGGCCAGAGAGGACAUGACGGAGUGCUUCCUGCCCCCCAGCAGCAGCCCUGCAGAGCAGCGCAGGGCCGAUCACCCGGGCGGGGUGGCCCGCACCCCCAGCUCCGAGGAGAUCAGCCCCACCAAGUUCCCGGGUCUGUACCGCACGGGCGAGCCGUCGCCGCCUCACGACGGACAUCACCAUGAGCCGCCCGACCCGUACGUCUCAGAUGACGACAAGGAGCACGGCAAGAAGAAAAACAAGUUCAAGAAGAAGGAGAAAAGGACUGAGGGAUACGCCGCCUUCCAGGAGGACAGCUCGGCGGACGAAGCGGAGAGCCCGUCCAAGAUGAAGCGCUCCAAGGGGAUCCACGUGUUCAAGAAGCCCAGCUUCUCCAAGAAGAAGGAGAAGGACUUCAAGGUGAAGGAGAAAGGCCCCAAAGAGGACAAGGCCAAGGAGAAGAAGUCCAAGGACUUGACCGCCGCCGACGUGGUCAAGCAGUGGAAGGAGAAGAAGAAGAAGAAGAAGCCGGCCUCGGAGGCGGAGCCGGUCCCGGUGGAGACUCCGACCGUGAGACCCAUCUUCGGCGCUCCGCUGGCUGAAGCCGUGAAGAGGACCGCUCUGUAUGACGGCAUCCAGCUGCCGGCCAUCUUCAGGGAAUGUGUGGACUACAUCGAGAGCUAUGGCAUGAAGUGUGAGGGCAUCUAUAGGGUCUCAGGGAUGAAGUCCAAGGUGGACGAGCUGAAAGCGGCUUACGACCGUGAGGAGUGUCCCUGCCUGGAGGAGUACGACCCCCACACGGUCGCCAGCCUGCUGAAGCAGUACCUGCGCGAGCUGCCGGAGAACCUGCUGAGUCGAGAGCUGGCGCAGCGCUUCGAGGACGCCUGCGGACGGCCGGCCGAGGCGGAGAAGGUGGCGGAGUUUCACAAGCUGCUGGCCGAGGUGCCGCCGCAGAGCCGGCUGCUCCUCUCCUGGCUCGUCACGCACAUGGACCACGUCAUCGCCAGGGAGGCCGACACCAAGAUGAACAUCCAGAACAUCUCCAUCGUCCUCAACCCGACCAUCCAGAUCGGGAACCGUGUCCUCUACAUCUUCUUUACCCACGUGAAAGAGCUGUUCGGAGACGUUGUCCUGAAGCCCGUGGUGCGGCCGCUCCGCUGGUCCAACAUGGCAACCAUGCCAGCUCUGCCCGAGACCCAGGAGAACAUCAAGGAGGAAAUCCGGCGGCAGGAGUUCCUGUUGAACUGCCUGCACAGAGACCUGCAGGCGGGCGUUAAGGACCUGUCCAAGGAGGAGCGACUCUGGGAGGUUCAGAGAAUCCUCACCGCUCUCAAACGCAAGCUGAGGGAGGCCAAGCGGCAGGAGUGCGAGACUAAGAUAGCACAAGAAAUAGCCAGUCUCUCAAAGGAAGACGUGUCCAAAGAGGAAAUGACUGAGAACGAAGAGGAAGUCAUCAACCUGCUUUUAGCACAGGAGAACGAGAUUCUGACGGAGCAGGAGGAGCUGAUCGCUCUCGAACAGGUGUUACGGAGACAGAUUGCCACGGAGAAGGAAGAAAUCGAGAGGCUGAGGGCGGAAAUCGCAGACAUUCAGAGUCGGCAGCAGGGUCGCAGCGAGACGGAGGAGUACUCCUCGGACAGUGAAAGCGAGAGUGAAGAUGAGGAAGAGCUGCAGAUGAUACUGGAAGACCUGCAGAAGCAAAACGAGGAACUAGAGAACAAGAACACCCACCUGAACCAGGCCAUCCACGAGGAGCAGGAAGCCAUCCUGGAGCUCCGAGUCCAGCUCCGCCUGCUGCAGAGCCACAAGCAGCAGCAGCAGCAGCAGGAACGGACCGUCUCUCCCCCCGCCGAGCCGGUUCCUCCCACCCAGCCGAGCCCGGAGGCCCGCAGCGAGGAACAAACCAAACGCUCCGUCUCCGCUGUGGCCGCCAUCGCCGCCGCGGACGCACCUGCCCCGACCAACGGGAAGGCACCGAAGGAUCCUUCAAAGCCGUCGCCGGGCAAAGACAGGAGAGACACCAACAUGUGAGAUGGGUGAGGCGUCUGGCUCUGAUCGAGUGUCGCUUACGAUCCACAGGAACCUGGAGUAGGGGGCUAAUGAGCAUCCCUGUGGCAUCCUGACUCCCACUCCCCCCCGUUCAGAACAGCACACCUUAGGAAGAGAGUAGCAGCUGUCGCAGGUGAGCGGCUCCUCCUGUGGGGACUCCCGGGGACCAUAUUAUUCAAAUCUGCUGUGCCAAGCCUGUUGAAAGGAUGACGAGGAAAGGGUGAAAAAUGAAGGGAGCGGGGUGGAUGUCAGAGAGAUUAGAGUUUAUUUUUCACUGGUAAUUAAAUCAAGAAAUCAUCACAAAACAUAAUGUUGUUGUUGUUGUAACUCCGUUUAUCCCUGAAAUUUGACGUCGCCGACCACUGUGCCAUAGCUCAAAAUGCCGGAGAGCCACGAAUGCAAAAUAAAGCUCUUUGAUUGCUGAAGGAUUUUAUGAUUGGUCUAUCUUUACGUUUUAAAUUUUACUAUCAUUCUAACAUGAUGUCUGUACAUAUAUAUAUAAAAUGCUCAUAAAAUGCCAUGGUUUAAUUUAAAGCUUUAUAUAUAGAGAGAGAUCUAUUGCUGUUUUUUUUUUUUUUUUUGGAAGAAUGAGGAACAGACGACUGAAUGAAAAACCUAAUCCCACCACAGCAAAACGUAGACAAGUGCACUCAUUCGCUCCCGUUUCCAGACGAGGAAACCUGGAGAUUUAGGUUUAAUGUCGUCGUGACACAUCUGUGGGGUUGUUUUAUGUUGAAUGUGUGCAUUUUCUUUUUUUUUUUAACUGUUAUAAUUCUAGAUGUGAGAAACUGUUCCAUCAUUUCAUGACGGAUCCAUGACUCCUUGCAGAAGGGACGGUCAUUGAUUAAAUGCAAUUUAAAGCAAAGGCGCAGCCUGACUUUUCUUUAUUGUAUAUUAGAGCAACAUUGCAAAACACAAUUUAUUAUGAGCUCUUGUGUCCGCGUAUGUUAAUUUUUAUAUUGUUGCUGACUUGUAGCGAUGAUCCUAGUGUGGCUGCCCCUGCUUUGGUCACCGGCUGGAUAUAAACUGUAUUAAUCCUACGACUGAAACCGACACUAAAGCUUCUCCUGGGGUUGUUUUCCUAUUGUUUGGAGCUUUUUUUUAGCAGACUGUUGCAGACAGACUAAUGCUGUGAAGAAUAAAGUGUUGAUCUGGA